AUGUUUUGGAAUGUCAGGGGGGUUAACAAGUGUGCCAAGCAGAGAGAUGUCAAAGUUUUUCUGAACAUAAAUAGGUGCAGUCUUGUUUGCCUCCUUGAAACAAAGGUCAAAGCUCAAAACCUUGGUGCUUUGUACCUUAAUCUGUUUAAGGGUUGGUGUUUUACUUCAAACAACAUUUGUCAUCCUGGUGGGAGAAUAAUUUUAGCUUGGAACCCAGGAGAGUUUCAGGUGAACCCUAUUUUCUGCUCCAGUCAGUUGGUGCAUUGUGACAUCACCUUGAAAAAUGGAAGCAAGUUCUGGUGCUCUUUCAUUUAUGGGCAUAACUCUCAAACGAAAAGAUUAGCUUUAUGGAAAGAUCUUUGUGACAUUGCUGAUACAUUGACUGGCCCUUGGAUUUUGAUGGGUGAUUUCAACUGUGUUCUUCACACUGGUGAAAGGGUGGGGAGUGCAGUCAGACUUAGUGAAAUUCAAGACUUCCAAAAUUGUGUCAGUAAAUGUAGCAUUGAGGAUGCUAAGUCAAGUGGGAACUUCUACACUUGGAACAAUAAACAACAGGGGGAUAAUAGGGUUUUUUCUAAACUUGAUAGAGUGUUGAUUAACCAAGCUUGGAGUAGUCAAUAUCCUAACACUGAGGUCAGUUUUAGGAAUGAAGCUUAUUUUGACCAUUGCCCAGGGGUUAUCACUGUGUAUCCUCAACUUGCAGUGGGCAGAAAACCUUUUAGAUUCUUCUCCAUAUGGCAAGAAGAUCCUAGAUAUAGGGACAUUGUUACAUCUGCUUGGAAUGGUGUUUAUCAGGGCACUAAAAUGUUCCAAGUUGUUCAAAAACUUAAAAAUGUGAAGAUUACUCUGAAAGUUUUGAAUACAGAAGGUUUUGGUGAAAUUGAGGUUAAAGAAUACAAAGCUUCUCAAACACUCAAUACUCUACAGACUGCUCUUCACCUCAAUCCUUCUGAUGGUGAGCUGGCUGAUAGAGAAAAGGUGGCAUUACAGGAAUAUAAUUUGGCUCAUAAGGCAUAUCUGAGUUUCUUGGCACACAAAGCAAAGGUGGAUUGGGUUAAAGGGGGAGAUGAUAAUACUGCUUUAUUCCACAGAUCCAUCAGACAAAGACAAAUUCAUAACACAAUUUUUUCCAUAAAAGACAUGCAUGGCAACUGGACCAGUGAUCCUGCUCAGGUACUUGAUGCCUUUUUGGAAUACUAUAAGUGA